ACACACACACACACACACACACACACACACACACACACACACACACACACACACACACACACACACACACACACACACACCAAAAAGAGGAAACAGCUCGUUUGCUGUCUUUUAUCCGCCAUAUUUCCAGCCUGCGAAGCCGAGAUGAAGGACCGACUGAGUGAGCUCCUCAACAUCGCCUCCAAGCCUCCAGACGUGGACUUGGUCCUCAGAGACAGCCCGAAGGAGGCGGUGGAAGACUUCCAGGGCGAGGAGGCCAUGGCGGCCAUCCACAGGGAGGCUCAGGCGGCGAGGAAGGAGAUGCUGCUGCUCAAGAUGGACGUGAAGCGUCUGGGGAAACAGGGCACCAGGUUCCUGACGUCAGUGAGGAGGUUCAGCAGCAUCAAGCGCGACUCCAACGCUCUGGGGCGCGCCAUCAAGUCCCGAGGCGAGGCCAUCUACGCCCGCCUGGAGAGGCUGAAGGCCGCGGGCGAAGAUCUGGCCCGGGAACACGGCCCCUCCUCCACCCUGGCCCGCAUGGCGCGCUGCCAACACGCCUCCCUGACCGCCGCCUUCCACCACGCCAUGUCGGACUACAACCGCGCCGAGAUGGAGCUGCGGGAGAACUGCAAGACGCGCAUCCAGAGGCAGGCGGAGAUCGUGGGCAAGGAGGUGAGCUGCCAGCAGAUCGAGGAGAUGAUGGAGACGGGCAAGUGGAGCGUCUUCUCCGACAACCUGCUCUGCGAGGGCCGCGGCGCCCGCUCCGCCCUCAGCGAGAUCGAGAGCCGGCGCCGGGAGCUGAUGGAGCUGGAGGGACGCAUCCGGGGCGUGCGCGAGCUCUUCCUGCAGAUGGCGCUGCUGGUGGAGGAGCAGGGCUGCCAGGUGGACAACGUGGAGGCCAACGUGGCCCGCGCCUCGGACUACGUGGCCCAGGCCUCGCAUCAGGUCAGGAAGGCCGUCAGGUACAAGAAGGCCAACCCCUGCAGGAAACUCUUCUGCUGCUGCUGCUGUCCUUGCUGCAAUUGACCACGCCCACUUUCUCACCUUUUCUUUGGCACACAACCUCC